AUGGCACCAGUGGAAGAGGACCAUUGCGAGGAUUCUUAUAAUUAUAUGGGUUUUGCUCUGCAACAGGCUAAACUUGCUCUGGAGGCUCUUGAAGUUCCCGUGGGGUGUGUCAUUCUUGAGGAUGGCAAGGUCAUUGCUUCAGGGCGAAACCGAACGAACGAGACACGUAAUGCCUCAAGACAUGCAGAGAUGGAAGCAAUCGAUGAACUUAUCCGACAAUGGCGGAAAAACAGACUCUCACCUUCACAAGUCGCUGAGAAUUUCUCGAAUUGCGUUCUUUAUGUAACAUGUGAACCUUGCAUAAUGUGUGCAUCAGCCUUAUCGUUUCUCGGUAUAAAGGAAGUGUAUUAUGGAUGUGCAAAUGAUAAAUUCGGGGGAUGUGGUUCCAUCUUGUCCCUUCACUUUGCUAAUUCUCAGUCAUCAGAUCUCAUUAGCACUCGUGAUGAAUAUCAAAGAGGAAAAGGGUACAAGUGCAUAGGAGGUAUAAUGGCAGAAGAAGCUGUCUCUCUUUUCAAAUGUUUCUAUGAGCAAGGCAAUCCCAAUGCUCCAAAGCCACACCGCCCUGUGGUUCAACGAGAGAGGACUUAA